AUGGACAAUGAUCUUUACAAAUUCAAAGAAUUUUAUGUCCAAACGUACGAACGGCAGCACAAAAUUCCGAAUUUGACGCAGUUUACAGAAUACACGUUAAAGCUGGCACUAAGCAAUUUUUACAUCCACAAGAAAUCGAUGGAUUUGCAAUUCGGCCCAGAUGUAAAACUGAUAACUACGAGCAAGCUCUAUGCACCGGAUGAUGUAGUAGUUCAAGUUGUAAUGCCAAAUCUGGCGGUAAUUGAUUGGAUGCCACCGAAAAAAUUAGAUUGCGUGGCAGUGAAUUAUGAGGUGAAAUGGAUGCAAUAUUCAAAUAGCACUCAAGAAAAUCAAAAUUCGUUUCGCUUCAUAAAAGUCAAUAAACUAGAACAUACGACAAAUGGUGUCGUCACUGACAGUGUAAUAAAAACAUUCUACAUGGCCGAACCGAAUAAUUUAAGUUUGAAUGGGAUCGAUACAAACAGUAUGAAUAUCUCGUGGAUUCCAAGCGUUAAUCUGACGAUUCCUACUGAAUUCCUUAUACUGGAAUACAAAAAUGCUGCGUCACGGAAAAGGAUAUGGGAAAUUGCAAAUAAUAUUGAGAAGAAUAAUGAUAAAAUAACAUAUCACAUAGAAAAUUUAUUACUGCAAACUAAGUAUAUUAAGGAAUCAUCAAGAUUUGAAGGAUGGACACAACAUCAGUGCGAUAAAAAUGCUAAAAAACAAGCUUCUUCGAAAGAGAAAAAGGAAUUCUUGAAAGAGGCUAAACUUAUGAGCCACUUUCACAUGAAAUGUGCUAAGAAUAUUAGGCAUUUGUUUGAACACGGAUUCACUGUUACUUAUAUUGGAAUUAAUAGAACCUG